CCAGUCUGGACCGACGGAGCUGCAUUUAGCUGAACAUAUUCCAGACUUGAAUAGUAUUUGACAUCACAUGGACACUUCAGCGACGUCUUCUGGCACAACUCAAGCCAGCACCAUGACAGGGAACACAAGACUGACGGGUGCUUCUGCACCAGCAGAGACACCGCUGAUAGGGAAAGGCAAGGCUGCAGUACCACAGAAGCCACUGUCCGAUAGGACAAACGGCCCAGAGAGGCCAGCAGAAGAGGACCAGGAAGACCCAGAGGCCGGAGCCGAGCAGGAGGCAGACAGCGACUCGUUCACACCCACGCAGUGCCUCUUCUGCAACACCACCUCCCCAGACUUCGGCUCCAACCUGACCCACAUGGGCAAGAGCCACUCCCUCCUCAUCCCCACGUCGAUAGACAACGGGUCCCUCGCCCUGGCCGUCGACCCCGUGACCCUGGUGCGCUACAUGCACCUCGUGAUAUCCACCUACCACGAGUGCCUCCUCUGCCACACGCAGCGGCAGGGCGCCCACGCGGUGCGGCAGCACAUGACGGGCAAGGGCCACUGCCGCAUCGACCUCGAGGACAGCGGGAGCGAGUUCCGGGACUUUUACGAGAGCGCCGGGGCCGCGGGGGCCGGGGGCGACGGCGACAGCGACAGCGACAGCGGUUCCUCAGCCGGCGAGGACGCCUCCGAGGCCGAGGGAUCACCACGGGCAGGGGCCGAGCCCCCCCUGCGGCUGCGCGAGGGCACCCUCCUCCUCGCCUCGGGGAAGCUCCUCUCGAACCGCUCGGCGCCGGGCCCGAGGCACCACAGGCCGCUGUCCGAGACGCAGAAGCCGACGCGGCGCGGCGCGCUCCCCGCGGCGGCAUCGCACCCGAGCGAGGACAGCCCAGGACCGCCGCCGCCGCCCCCAGCAGGCCCGUCCCCGGCGGACACGACAGCCGACACCGGGCGAGCCCUGACGCGGCUGGAGCGCCGCGCCGAGGCAAGCGGCAGGUCGUCGCUCGCGGUCGCGAUGGCCCAGAUGUCGGUCGGCGACCGCGCGGCGCUGGCGCACCUGCCCGCGGCGGAGCAGAGGGCCGUGGUGCUGCGGCAGUUCAAGCAGCAGGACAGGGCGCGGCACGAGGCGCGCGUAUACUGGAGUAAGGUCGAGCUUCGGGGCAACAGGACCAUCAAGAAGUGA